AUGGGAACUUUUGAUUUCUUCAAACAAUAUGCUGUUUUCUUGGUUUUGUUGUCUAAAGUCACGCCUUGUUUAUCUUUCACUUCAUUUCUGUUUGGUGACUCUUUGGUUGAUGCAGGCAACAAUGACUAUUUGUUUACCCUCUCUAAGGCUGAUUCUCCUCCUUAUGGUAUCGAUUUCAAGCCUUCUGGUGGACAACCAACCGGAAGAUUCACCAAUGGUCGCACAAUAUCAGAUAUUAUCGGUCAAGAACUUGGAGCUACAUCAUUUCCACCACCUUAUCUAGCACCAAAUACUCAAAUUGAUGCACUUACUAGAGGAAUAAAUUACGCCUCGGGAGCAUCAGGAAUUUUGGACAGAACAGGAUUCUUAUUUAUCGGAAGAAUUCCUUUAAGGGAGCAAGUAAAAAAUUUUGAGCAAAGUAGAAACUAUAUGGUGAACAUCAUGGGGGAGAAUGGUACAAGGGAAUUCUUAAAGAAGGCAAUCUUCUCCAUAACAAUAGGAUCCAAUGAUAUGCUAAACUAUGUGCAACCAUCGCUACCCUUUUUCAGCAAUGACAAGGUUUCUCCUACAAUGUUCCAAGAUUUUAUGAUUUCCAACCUGACCUUUCAGCUCAAGCGACUCCAUGAACUAGGAGCUAGAAAGUUCAUCGUGGCUGGACUUGGACCGAUCGGUUGCAUUCCAUUUGUUCGUGCUCUCAAUUUACUACCAAGCGGAAAUUGUUUGGUAGAGAUGAAUGAAUUAAUCCAAGACUACAACAAGGAAGUGAAGAUGAUGCUCAAUGGCUUAAACCAAGAGAUGGGUCCUCAAUCUAUUUUUGUUUAUGCCAACACUUAUGAUAUUGCUCUCAAGGUCAUCCUAAAUUAUCAUCAAUAUGGAUUCGAGAAUGCAAAUGAGCCAUGUUGUGGAGGAUACUUUCCCCCAUCUGUUUGCUUUAAGGGUGCUAAUGAAAACUCACAAUCUGUUUUAUGUGAUGAUCGAUCCAAGUACGUGUUUUGGGAUGCUUAUCACCCGACAGAAGCUGCUAAUAUUAUCAUGGCAAAAGAAUUGCUUGAUGAUGAUGGAGGCAUAAGCUCCCCGAUUAGUAUUCGUCAGCUCUACAACUACAUGUCCUAA